AUGGCUCGAUUUCCGUCCCCUUCCGCCCCCUUCCUCUUCCUCCUCUUUUCCCUCCUCCCUCUCCUUUCCCUGUCCACCGUUGAUCAACCCUACAAAACCUACAUCAUCCGCAUUGACUCUCAAUCUAAGCCCUCCAUUUUCCCCACUCACUACCACUGGUACACCGCUGAAUUCACCAACCCCCUCAAAUCCUCCACACUUACGACACCACCAGACCACGCUGCUACUCUUAGUCAACACCCAUCAGUUCUCGCCGUUAUUGAAGACCAGCGGCAACAACUCCACACCACUCGGUCCCCUCAGUUUCUUGGACUCAGAAACCAACGUGGGCUCUGGUCGGAAUCUGAUUAUGGUUCUGAUGUUAUCAUUGGCGUUUUGGAUACCGGGAUCUGGCCUGAAAGACGGAGCUUCUCGGAUGCCAAUCUUGGACCGGUUCCUGCCCGGUGGAAAGGAAUUUGUGAAGUUGGUGAAAGAUUUACAGCAAGAAACUGCAACAAGAAGUUGAUCGGUGCCCGGUUUUUUAUCAAAGGACAUGAGGCAGCAAGCGGGGGUGUGGGACCGAUUACCCCUAUUAAUGAAACCGUGGAGUUUAAAUCUCCGCGUGAUGCCGAUGGUCAUGGGACUCACACGGCAUCGACUGCGGCAGGGAGGCAUGCGUUUGGUGCUAGUAUGGAAGGGUAUGCAGCAGGGAUUGCGAAAGGGGUAGCGCCGAAAGCACGUUUAGCUGUGUAUAAAGUUUGUUGGAAGAAUGCCGGAUGCUUUGAUUCUGAUAUUUUAGCUGCUUUUGAUGCUGCUGUUAAAGAUGGAGUCGAUGUCAUCUCGAUUUCCAUUGGUGGUGGUGAUGGGAUUUCAGCACCUUAUUAUCUUGAUCCGAUUGCCAUUGGUGCUUAUGGUGCGUCUUCUAGAGGCGUUUUUGUUUCGUCGUCAGCUGGGAACGAUGGGCCUAAUUUGAUGUCAGUUACGAAUCUUGCUCCUUGGAUUGUUACAGUUGGUGCUGGAACAAUUGACAGGAAUUUCCCUGCUGAUGUUGCUCUUGGUAAUGGGAAGAAAUUAUCUGGCGUUUCGCUAUAUGCUGGUUCGCCAUUGAGCGGUAAAAUGUAUCCUCUGGUUUAUCCGGGGAAAUCAGGAGUUUUGUCGGCCUCAUUAUGUAUGGAAAAUUCUUUGGAUCCUAUUACGGUGAGGGGGAAAAUUGUUGUUUGCGAUCGCGGAAGUAGUGCAAGAGUGGCUAAAGGGUUGGUUGUUAAGAAAGCUGGAGGUGUUGGUAUGAUUCUUGCUAAUGGAAUUUCUAAUGGUGAAGGAUUGGUUGGUGAUGCUCAUUUAAUUCCUACUUGUGCUCUUGGUUCUGAUGAGGGUGAUGCAGUUAAGGCUUAUGUUUCAUCAACUUCGAAUCCGGUCGCUACUAUUUCUUUCAAGGGAACUGUGGUUGGAAUCAAACCAGCUCCUGUUGUUGCUUCGUUUUCUGGUAGAGGGCCAAAUGGAUUGAGCCCGGAGAUUCUUAAGCCGGAUUUGAUUGCUCCUGGUGUGAACAUUCUUGCUGCUUGGACUGAUGCUGUUGGUCCUACCGGAUUGGAUUCAGAUACACGAAAAACUGAAUUCAACAUUCUCUCUGGCACUUCAAUGGCAUGUCCUCAUGUAAGUGGCGCCGCAGCCUUGCUCAAAUCUGCUCACCCAGAUUGGAGUCCAGCAGCGAUUAGGUCUGCAAUGAUGACCACCGCGAAUACAUUCAAUAAUCUAAACCAGCCAAUGACUGAUGAGGCCACUGGAAACUCGUCGUCACCAUAUGAUUUGGGUGCAGGGCAUCUCACUCUUGAUCGAGCAAUGGAUCCAGGGCUUGUUUAUGAUAUCACUAACAAUGAUUAUGUGAACUAUUUGUGUGGUAUUGGAUACGGGCCUAGAGUGAUUCAGGUGAUCACACGAUCACCGGUGAGUUGUCCUGCGAAGAAACCAUUGCCAGAAAACCUCAAUUACCCGUCAAUUGCAGCAUUGUUUUCAAGCUCAGCUAAGGGAGCAAAAAGCAAGACAUUCAUUAGAACAGUCACCAAUGUGGGUCAACCAAAUGCUGUUUAUCGUCUUACAGUCCAAGCUCCAAAAGGGGUUACAGUGACAGUGAAACCUCCAAAAUUAGUGUUCACCGAGGCCGUGAAGAAGCGAAGCUUCAUCGUUACUAUAACUGCCAAUACCCGGAAUCUGAUAUUGGACGAUUCGGGUGCUCUAUUCGGGUCAAUUUCGUGGUCCGAUGGGAAGCAUGUUGUUAGGAGUCCCAUUGUGGUGACCCAGAUAGAUCCCAUGUAA